GAGCUUUUUGUACCUGGACAGAAGUCUUGACGAGAUGGAUUCCACAGUGAUGGUCGCUUGGGUGAUGCUGUUCAGUACAUUGGCUUUGCCAGGUGUCUCAGGUUAUACAGUCAUUCCGGAUAUCACAACCACGACUACCACCACGACUACCACACCAGAACCUACUACCACUGCUGUUAUAGCAGAGGGUAUUUAUGUGCGGCUGGCAGACGGAGUCAAGAACUGUUCUGGUCGUGUGGAAGUUUAUUUAUUUGGUGCCUGGGAAGGCAUUUGUAGGGAAGGAUUUGACUUUAAAAAUGCUGAGAUUGUUUGCAGGCAGCUCAACUGUGGAAAAGCAGUUUCUGUCAUGGAAGACUACUCUGGCAGCCCUUCUCCUUACCUGAGCAACGUGACUUGUUAUGGUUAUGAAGAUUAUUUGUGGCAAUGCUCUUUUCAUGAAGGAGUAUGUAACAGUAACAUAAAUGCAGCUGUGAUUUGUGCAGAUAGUGGAGUAACGCCAAAAGUUUCCACGACCACGGCCACAACUACCACACCAGAACCUGCUACCGCCAUUCCUGAUUUCACAACCACAACUACCACAACUACCACACCAGAACCUGCUACCGUGACCUCUGUUUGUGGUGGUCAUCUCUAUGAGCCAUCUGGGAAACUCACUAGUCCAAAUUAUCCUGUUGUAUACCCAAAUAAUGCAUACUGUGUUUGGGAAAUCCAUGCUGAAGGUUAUUCCUACAUAAAUCUCAUCUUUGAGUAUCUUAACCUGGAGCCACGUAAUCACUGCUCUUAUGAUUAUGUUGAAAUCUAUGAUGGGCCAGCGUAUGUAGCUCCCUUGCUAGGAAGAAUUUGCAUUUGGGAGCACCAAUCAUAUAUUUCUAAGUCAAAUACAUUGUCUGUUGUGUUUUCAAGUGACACUAGUUCUCAAAGCACUGGAUUUUUGGCUAUUUAUUUUUCUAUUCCACAAGACGUGUCCUUAAGACUGGUGAAUGGAUCAUACAGCUGUGAGGGCCGUGUUGAACUCUAUUACAAAGGAGAAUGGGGAACAGUUUGUGGUGAUUACUGGGACAUUGCCGAUGCCCAGGUUGUGUGCUGGCAGCUUGGAUGUGGAAAAGCCAUUUCGGCCCCAAGAAAAGCCUAUUUUGGCCAAGGCUCGGGAUCUAUUCUCCUUGAUGAUGUGAUCUGUAGAGGAAAUGAGUCGAACCUGUGGGACUGCCGUAGCCUAGGGUGGCAUGUUCAUAACUGUGGCCACAGCGAAGAUGCGAGUGUCACCUGUGCAGGAAAUUAUAGUUGUGGUUCUUCUUACCUUCCAUAUGGAUCUGGAUCAUUCAGUACUCCCUUUUAUCCAGCACAUUAUCCGAACAAUGCAAACUGUGUAUGGACAAUAAAUACUUGGAAUGGCUCACUUAUAAACCUCACAAUUGCAAGUAUUGAGGCACAAUGCCCCUUUGACUAUAUUGAGAUCUAUGAUGGAUAUAUCUACUCACGUUUCCUAGGAAGAUUUUGUAAUGGGUCCCACCGAACAUUUUUUUCCACAUCAAAUGUUCUCACAGUGGUGUUUCACAGUGACAGUAGCAUAACACAUCGUGGUUUUUUGGCUUACUACUCUUCUGUUUAUGCGGCAUACGGUCUCCAACUGGUGAAUGGACGUCAUCGCUGCGAGGGCCGUGUCGAAAUUGGUUCUUACAAUGGAACAUGGGGAACUGUUUGCGAUGAUUCGUGGAACCUGGUGAACGCAGAUGUGGUGUGCAGACAACUUGGAUGUGGAGGGACUACCCCAUUAGUGGCAUAUUUCGGUGAAGGCUCUGGACCCUUUCUUCUGAAUGAUGUUUAUUGUAAUGGAAAUGAGCACCACCUUUGGGAAUGCUCCAAUGCAGGCUGGAGAUCCCACAACUGUAUUCGCAAUGAGGCUGCUGGUGUCAUCUGUUCAGAGAGACCAACACCAACACCUCCAAGGACAACUCCCACAACAAAUUAUUCUUGUGGUGGUUUCCUCGCACAUUCAUCUGGGUCAUUUCAAAGUCCGUUUUUUCCAUCCAACUACCCAAACAAUGCCGACUGCGUAUGGGAAAUCCGAGUAGGAAGCAAUUCUCGCGUAUCACUUACUUUCCAAACACUUCAACUAGCAUCAUGUAAUACACAUAGCUGCCCCUGUGAUUAUAUCGAAAUCUAUGAUGGAACACUCCAUAACUCUCCUAUGCUUGGGAAGAUUUGCUCUGGCUCUUACCAAACCUUUACAUCAACCUUCAACAUGUUGACGGUUAGAUUUCACAGUGAUCAUAGCAUCACAGAGAGAGGGUUUUUUGCAAACUAUUACACCAUCCCAGCAAAUCAUAAUACAACUCUUCUUUGUGGACCAGAAUAUAUGCAAGCUAUAAUAAGUAGAAGUCACCUGACCUCUGUAGGCUAUUCUCCAUGGAAUGUCCACUUGAUUGACCCAUCCUGCCCACCUAGGAUCACACCAUAUUAUGUUGUUUUCAACAUACGGUACAAUGGCUGUCAGACCAGAAGAGACGCAGAUGCUGAUACUAUUAUUUAUUCAAACCUGAUCACGGCAACUGCUUCAGGAUACAUAAUUAAAAGGAAAAGGGAUCUUCACUUCCAUGUUAGCUGCAAGAUGCUGAAAAACACUUGGAUAGAAACCAUGUAUGUCGCUAAUGAUGUACAGGAGAUCAAUGAAACUCGAUAUGGACAAUACGAAGUGAACAUCACAUUUUAUACCUCCAACUCCUUCUUAUAUCCAGUCUAUGACUCACCUUAUUAUGUUGAACUGAAUCAGGAUUUAUAUCUGCAAGUUACUCUUCAUAACUCUGACCCAAAUCUGGUGCUGUUUCUGGAUACAUGUAAAGCAUCACCCAACUACAAUGAUUUUACAACUUUGACUUAUGAUAUCAUCAAGAAUGGGUGCGUUAAUGAUCCUACAUAUCGGACCUAUUAUUCCCCAUACAAUUAUGUUGUUCGGUUUUCCUUCAAAGCCUUUGACUUCAUGUAUAAAUAUCCAUCAGUUUACCUGCAGUGCAAACUGGUGGUUUGCAGAGCCUAUGACUAUUCUUCCCGAUGUUCUCAGGGUUGUCUGAAUCUGCCUAGAUCUAAGAGACAUACAAGCUCCUACGAGGAAAAAAUGGAUGUCAUCAUUGGGCCAAUUGAACUACAGAAGAAUGGCAUUAAGAAUAGAAAUUCUGAGGCAAAACAAGAGCUGCAAGGAAAUGCGGACCCUCAUAAUGAUUCACAUGCACCAUACAUUGUUGCCGCAGUCGUCUUGGCAGUUGUUGUCAUGACCGUCGCAGGAUUCAUUUUGAAAAAUAAAUUGAGAAGACCAAUUCCAUAUGAGAUAAUGUGAGCACUUAAAACCUUGGGACUCAAUCCAACACCAAGUCAAGCAAGCUUAAACUCAUUUAUUUCCAUGAGUUUAGGUACAGCUAUUUGUUGGUGGGAUUGUGGCCUUGGCGGUUGGCAAGAAGAAUCUGUAUUGAAUAUGCAUCACUUGAAAGAUACAUCGCGGGUCUCAAUAGUCUUGUGAUUUUAUCUUGAUUUUUGCUUUUACAUGAAAAUACAGAAGCAGGAAAAUGUAUUGGAGGGGGGCUUAAAAAAUAUGCUUAAUUCUUCCAUUGGUAUUUUUACUUUUUUACUAGAUUUUACACAUUGUCAUGAAUAUAUGUAGAUGGAUGAAUUCAGGUUAGACAAGGACCUGAAGUACAACACAAAAUAGGAAUAAAAAUUAAUCUCACCAAGAGUCUCAUAUUCCGAACUCGAGCUAUUUUUAUGAAAUUUCUGCCAAGUUCCUUGAAACAAUAUCCAGUAUUAGUAGUCAGUACUGCAUUUAGUUAAUACCUUUUGUAAAUGACAUACCACAUAAAGUUUUCAUUAUGUCAAUUUGUAUAACUGUCAAAAAUGACAAUAUGUGUUGGUAAACAAGGGCAUCUCAACGGUUUGUGGUAAAGUGGAUAAACCUUCUUAGGAUUUUAUUCAAUUGUGCCCCUCCACUCCUUGAGGGUUCUUUCAUCCAGCCGAGGAUUCCAUGAAUAGAAGGACAGGAUGGCAAUUUUCUAACUCUCUCUUUCUCUCUUUCUCAUCCUGCCUGGACCACCUCUCAUCCUGAUCCCCUGAUCCUCUGGAGCUUUGUAAUAUUUGAGUUUAUUUACAAAUGUGUAGGUUAAGCAUAGAUGGAAACGAAGGGAAAACACUCCAACAGAUAAAGUUCACUGCUCCCACAUCAGGACUCUAAGGGAGACAAACCAGUAUCCCAGAAUGUUGCUAGAUUACAUGGGUCAAACACAGCUCUCUGUUUCUGUGCCUUCUUUGUAUGUUUCAAAGCUGCAGUUGAUUGCUCUUUCCACACACAGACACCUAGAUGGCAAGAUCCUUAGCUGUGGGAGCAGCAAGAAAUCUCCUCCUCCCUUGCCACCUUUCUAACCACUCAGAAAGCUUAAUGAGAAAUAGUUGAACAAUUCAUUCCAUGGGAAACACAUCAUUAGACUUUUGUCACUCCUACCAGAUCCAAGGCUCUGGUCCAGUAAGAGAACCCACAGGAUAGUCCCUUUUCACAGAACCCUGGCAUGAAACUGACCACCCCUCUGGAAAUUUUAACAGUAUAUUUGUAAACUGUAGACUUGUAUUGUACUUUAGAUUACAAAGAUCAUAUACUUUAUAAAGAAAUGUUAGAAUAUUAGUUCUGCUUACUAUGUGAUUGCUUAUUCCAUUUGGGAAACAGAAGAGAUACAAGCCACAUGUCAGAUCUAGCUCCUGUUAAGGGGUGACGCAAAACGGAAGGAGAAGGAAGUACCACAUAACUAAGCUUGCUGAUUGCUGCUAAUUGCUUCCCCGGUGAUCUGACUGGUUUCCCAGUGGUUCUCUGCUAGAGGUUUGUUAUUUGUAAACAGACUGAAUUCCUAACACCCACCAGGUUCCAAGUUUAGGAUUUGCAGUGAGCCAAAGUCUUGCACAUCCUUCUUCCUCAAAGGAUUACACAGCUUAAAAUAU